GUAUGUAUGUUAAACAUAUCUUUACAUGUAUAGCUAAAGGGACUUGCCCAACCGAUUUUCUCCCCGGCGCACUCUCUAACUCUUUCAUAUGUUUCAUGACUCCCUCCUCUUGUUUCAUUUGGGGUCAGCACUUUCCCCCCCUACCCAUCCCCCCCAUAUCCUUACAUGCCCUCGAUCGAGCGAGCCUCAACGGCGUCAGAAUCAAAAUUUGUCGCACGUCUCAGCCCAGACACACCCUUAAUUGCUCGGCUCUGAAAGUUCAGCCCAUGCAACCCUUCCUUAAAUAAGUACUUGCACUCAACCCCACUCUCUCUGGUCCAGAUCCCCCUUCGCAUUUGUUCCAACUGCCUAUAUUUGCCCUCAUUCCGCUCGGUUAGCUAGGUUCUAGACCCGCUCCCCCUCCCCCACCUCUCAGUCUGGUUAAGACUUGGUGACUUUUUUGGUACUCCCAAUUUCCUACUUAACCUUUCAACACACUCUUUUCCUCCUUUAUUGCCAUGUCGAAGCAACAAACUCAGACCAAGGCCUCCAUCGGGUCGUGCACAAUGGGAAUUUGCAAAUCUUCCUCACAAUCUUCACGACCUCGCUCUUAUUCCCGACCCCCACCGAUAGUCGUACACUCAUGCCAAUCGCAGAAACAGUUGGAGCCCGUCAUGCCAUCCAAAUCACCAUCCCACAAGACCCUUGGGCAUUGCGGGCCAUCGAAGGUCUUGGUCGAACCUCUUGAUUCACCUGCAUUCUUAAAGGGAGACCUGAACUUUACUACUUUUCGGGAGAGGGCAGCACUGGCUAUCGCAGAAUGGGGACCUUCACCCACCAGCUCACAGUUCCCAGCAAGCGAGGUUCGUGCUAUAACCCCUCGGCGCAAUCAAUUCAGUCUUGGGUCAAGCCUGGCUCCCAUUACUCACCAUGGAAUCAAGGUUCCCAGUCCAUCAAAACAUUCCGCUGGGCAUUCUCAUCUUCCGUCGCCUCCGCCCACACCCCUUACCCCUGGCCCUUACUCCCGCCCUCAACAUCGUGAGCAGAGUUCGACCAUCCGCCGCUCGUCCCUCAAGUUCAGUAAGCGUCCUAGGCCCUGCCCACUCCAGCUGAAGCAAUCCAAGAUGCCCGAAAACCCUGAAAAGACAUACCACGAUGAAAUGGAAAAUUUCCGGAACGUCCGCUUUGCAGACGGCUCUCCCCUUCGAGGUUCCACUUGGCACAUCACACAAUACCCCGCCAGACUUGCGUCCCCGCCGAUUUCUGCAGCCAAUCUUAGUCUCGCAGACCUAGUAGAGCUAGAAGCCAUCAAACAAUCUCUUGGCACCUGGUGUGGUGAGAUGAUGGGCUCCCCGAUGCGAGGCUCAUUCAGCCAAUCCUCGGCGUGCUCUUUAUCUGAGUCAGAAGGCCAGAAGAGCUGGGCCACUCCAAACACGCCUUUUCCAAGCUCCGAAAGUUUGACCUCUUCGCCCAUCUCCUGUCCCGAAGAAUUUGAUGACAUCUGGGGCGAUGUCGGGUGGCCCCAAUCACCAGCCUACGAUUCAGAUUGCGAUAGCGAGAUCUUUGAGGGUAUGCAUUGAAAUAUCAAAUGUUGCCCCUACCCCACCUCGCCUCUGGAAUCUUGGCCGUUCUUUCUGGAACAUUGCGUCACAUUCGUUUUUCGCACUUGCCGUUCACUAUUUACUGCUCCUGCGUUCAACUUUAGCCCACUGCUCAUUUCUCGGAUGAACAUUCCCGUUUUCCCACAACCUUGCCGUGCCUUCGUUUCCUCAUUCUUUUUUUAUCUUCUAUAUUGCCAUUUUUACAGGGUGAAUGCUCACAUCCUUCAUUUACUGUGUGUUGCUUCGUUGUAAGUUCAAUAGAUGUACUUUUUGGUUAUUACCGUUCUUUGAUUUAUAGGUGGGGGCUCUUUUUUCAUUUCUAAAGAUGUAGAAGCUAGUUUGCACAGGUUUAGAAGUUCAAGCUGAGGUACUUGUCUUAUUUUGGGUUUGUUUUUUGACAUCCUUUUUUUUACUCCUGAAAACAUAGAUUUUAGUUCUUCUUUCUGUAUGUGUCCUUGCAAGCAUUUCUACAUCCCUUUGCAACUGUGUUGCCAAAUUUUGUUUCUGCUGUUUUUUGGGUUGUUUAACUUUCUCUUGUCUCAAUGUGCAAGAAACAUUUUUGACAUCAAAUAA